AUUACCCACCCUAUUUGGAUGAGUCUGAACCCAACCCAUUUAAAUAUUUGGGUUAAAUGGAUAAGGGCCCAAUUGGUUAUUUAAUUAAAUGGGUCUAAGUGGAUAAAUCUACUAUACCCACUAAACCCAUUUAAAUUUUAAAAUUAAAUAAACCCACAUAUUACCCACUAAACAAUAUAACGUUAAACACAUUCCCUUUCCCUGAGAUUUUCAAAGCCAAAACAUUCAGCCCUCUCACUCUCACUCUCCUAAACACUUUCCCUCAAAUUUUCUCAGUAACCAAACAAAAGUAAUUACAAAAAAAAAAAAAAUCAUAUUCCUUAUCUCUCUCUCUCUCUCUCUCUUUCUCUCUCUCUCUCUUGCGUUGCGUUGCGUGUACAGCUGUUUCUCUGUCUGAAGCUUCCCGAUUCAAUCCCUGAUCUCCGAUUUGCAAUCGGAACACAAUACUGCGAUGGCCGUUGAAUCAUUCAUCGGUAACUGACCUUAUUGAGUGGAUUUUGGCAUUUGCUGUGCUCAGUGGCCGUUGAAGCUUCCCGAUUCAAUCCCUGAUCUCCGAUUCGCAAUCGGAACACAAUACUGCGGUGGCCGUUGAAUCAUUCAUCGGUAACUGACCUUAUUGACCGUUCAGGUUUGUCUCUCUCUCAACUCUUCUUCUUCUUCAUUUGAUUUUUUUGUUUGUUUGUGGGUUUGUCUUUAUUUUCUGUUUUUGUUUGUGGGUUUGAAAUGUAAAUUACGUGUUUGAUGAAAUGCUUGGCAGAAGAUAAUGCUCUCUUUGUUUGUGUCGAACUGAAAUGGAGAAAUGGGCUCUCAACUCUUCUUCUUCUUCAUUUGAUUUUUUUGUUUGUUUGUGGGUUUGUCUUUAUUUUCUGUUUUUGUUUGUGGGUUUGAAAUGUAAAUUACGUGUUUGAUGAAAUGCUUGGCAGAAGAUAAUGCUCUCUUUGUUUGUGUCGAACUGAAAUGGAGAAAUGGGAUUUGGGUUAUAAGCCAGCAACUAGUUGUGCAGUUUACUUUGUUCUGUUAGUGUAGACAAACUCACAAGCUCGGUGAAGGUGGCUUUGGACUCGUUAAGAUUUUCAAGGUGAACCAUGUCUGUAACUGAGGGGAUGGAUGAAUUUGAACAAACAGUUUCAAGUGGUAGCAAAAGAAGUAGGAGUAGGACUUCUGAAGUGUGGAAUGAUUUCGAAAUAUUACCUUUAUAUGAAGAUGGCCAUCGAAAAGUCAAGUGCAGAAAAUGUACUAAUAUUUUAACGGCAGAUAAGGAGAAUGGGACUAGUAAUUUACGUCGUCAUGCUAAGAAAUGUCAUCAAGAAAAUGAUAGUGUGCCUUGCCGUCCUCCCCUUGAUCAAGAUAUGUAUCGUGAAAAGAUUGCAAUGGCAAUUAUUAGGCAUAAUUACUCAUUUUCAUUUGCAGAGCAUGAGGUUAAUAGAGAGCUUCAUAUCUUUCUAAAUCCCGAUGUUAAGCCAAUAUGUAGGAAUACAGCAAAGUCAGAUGUUUUGAAAAUCUAUAAGAGAGAAAGAGAAAAUCUCAAACGUGCUUUAGAGUUAGUCCCAGGCAAGAUUUGCUUAACAUCAGAUUUGUGGAAAUCUUCCACAACGGAUGAGUACAUGGUUCUCACUGCACACUACAUUGAUGCAAAUUGGGAGUUGCAAAUGAGGGUUUUAUGUUUUUCUCAUACGCCACCUCCUCGUAGUGGUAAGAUUUUGGGAGAGAGAUUGUUUAACAUUCUAAAAGAAUGGGGCAUUGAGAAAAAAGUAUUUACAAUCACUUUAGACAAUGCUUCUUACAAUGAUACCUUGGUGAAUAGUUUGAAGAAAAACCCUUCUUUUAGAUCAUCUUUGCCUUGUAGUGGUGAGUUCUUUUGUGUUCGUUGUGGUGCUCAUAUUUUAAACCUUAUUGUACAAGAAGGUUUGAAAAUUAUAGAGCAUGCUUUGCACAACAUACGUGAAAGUGUUAAAUAUGUGAGAGGCAAUGAUAUGAGGAAGUUAAGAUUUGCCGAAUGUCUUCAAGAACUCCCUAAUUUAACUAGUAAGAAAGUGCGACAAGAUGUGCCAACAAGAUGGAACUCGACAUAUUUAAUGAUUGAGACAGCUCUUACAUUUCGGGAAGCAUUUCACAAUUUGAGUAUUGUUGAUGGAAGCUUUCGCACUUGUCCCUCAGAUGAUGAAUGGGAUAAGGCUGAGAAGAUAGCAAAAUUUUUGAAACCAUUUUAUGACAUCACCACUCUCUUUUCGGGCACUCAAUACCCUACUGCCAACUUAUACUUUCAUGGUGUAUGGAAAAUUCAUUUGCGUAUUUUAGAAGAGAUGGAAGAUGAAGAUGUAGUAAUUAGUAACAUGGCAAAAAGCAUGAAAGAAAAAUUUGAUAAAUACUGGGAUUGUUACAGCAUUGUGCUAUCAUUUGCUGUAAUUUUAGAUCCUCGGUAUAAGUUGCAGUUUGUGGAGUUCAGUUAUAGGCGACUUUAUGGCACUAAUGGGACAAUAAUGGUGAUGGAUCUUCGUGACAAGUUAUAUUCCCUUUUCGAAGGAUAUUUGCGCGCCCCUAAUUAUGAAGCACACAAUAUGGUUGAAAAUGCAUCUAGUAGUGGUGCUAAUGAGCAGGUAAGAGAUGUUGAUAUUGCUGGUUUUGAUACAUUUGAGAGUGAAAUUGUUGCUUCAAUCAAUAGUAAGUCACAAUUAGAUGUGUAUUUGGAAGAGGCCCGGUUUGACCAUAACACUCAUAUGGACUUGGAUAUUCUUGAAUAUUGGGAAUCACAUUGUGGUAGCUUUCCAGAACUUUCACUAAUGGCUCGUGACAUUAUGAGUAUUCCUAUCACUACUGUUGCCUCAGAGUCUGCGUUUAGCAUUGGUGGUCGAAUUCUUGAUAAGUACCGCAGUUGUCUAUUGCCACAAAAUGCAGAGGCUUUGUUAUGUUCCUGUAGCUGGUUGUUUACUGGGCAGGUUAUACCUGAUCAUGAUGACGAGCACCUUGUGGAGGAUUUUGAACACUUAUGCAUUUCUGGACAAGUUACAUAUAAUGAUGAGGUUUAGCCACUAUACCCACUAAACUUUGCAAGAGGGAGAGCUCUAAGCAGUUCCACAAUUCCAAAAUCAAGUUACUUCUGGUUUACAAGAAAAUUCGACCACCCUCAAGGAAGCUCAAGACCACAUAUAAGGCAUCAAGGCCAAACCUAUUUAUGUAACUCAUUUGCUGAUAACUUUCUCUGGUUUCCUGCUAGGAUUCUUAUUUAAAUGAGCUUUAGAUGUAAGACAUGGGUUUUAAAUUUUUAAUACUUUGGACUUUCAGAUUCUGUUUUGGUAGGAGAAUACUUUUCAUAAUUCUUUGGCUUCAAAUUUUAAGUGGCUUUCAUUGUGGAUGUCAGAGUACUCUGAUAAAGAUUCAUUUGUAGCAGUAAGUUAUGUUUAAAUUAUUAAUUUUUAUUUCCUUUUUUCUACGAUGAUUUAUUUGUUAAAGCCAUAGACUGUCAGCAUCUAUACGCAAUUCUUUUUUCUUUUUCUGGGCAUUGUGUAAGCUACCUAUUAAUCUAUUGAUCAAUAACUGAAGUUAAGGCCAA